AUGGAUGGAGUACAAGGAAAAUUAUUUGUGACUGUUAUUCAAGCACAAAAUUUGAAUAUUACUCAAGAUAAAAAAUCAGCAGCAGAAGAAAUUGUAGGUGCAAUAUUUGAUCCAUUUUCAUCACCAAUUCUUCAAUCAAUUGAAAAGAUUCAAAAUUUUUCAAAAUCAAAUGUGUUACCAAUUUUUACACCAAUUAGUGGUAUUAUAGAUACAAUUGCAACGGUUGGUAAAGAUACGACAACAACAGCAGUAGCAGAGAAAGGACCAGAGAUUCCAUCAGAAAAUCAAACAGCAGAGAGUACAGGUAUAGUUUGUACAGUUACAACUGAAGAACAAAAAUUUAAAACAGUAACUUCACCAGAUGUAACCGAACCAAAAUGGAGUAAUCAAUCACAUUCUUUUAAUAUCGCACAUCCAUGUGCAGAAUUAACAUUUGAAGUAUCAUUAAACAAUGGUGAAAAAGAAUCAUUUUUAAUAGGUGGUGCAGUUAUUAACCUUUUAGAUGAACCACAUCUUUGGGAACAAAAACCAUUUGCAAAAUGGAUUAAUUUAACAAAAAAACAUAAAAAUUCAAAAGAUAAUAAUAAUAAUAAUAAUGAUCCAAAUAGUAAUACAGCUGAAGAUGGUGGUGGUGAAAAUAAUUCAAUAAUUGGUAAUGAAUAUGAUCAAUUUUCAGAUGAAGAUGAAAUUGUUGGUAGAAUUGAAGUUCAAUUUCAAUAUAAAUAUCGUAGAAUUUGGGAUUCAAUUUAUUGUGGUAAAAUAUUAUUAUUAGAGGGUAAAUAUCAAGAAGCGUUGGAACAGUUUAAAGAGGCAAUUAAAAUCUAUCCAACUGAUCCAUUCAUUUAUUCAUUGAUGGUUGAUUGUUGUUUAGGUUUGAAACGUUUAGGAUCUGCUAUUGAAAAUAAUGUUAAUUUCAUAAAGUAUGAUAAGGGUUUUGAGGGUUUAAUAAAGAUGGCACAAAUUUUGAUGGAAGCUAAUCAAUUGGAAAAAGUUCAACCAUUGAUUGAUAGGGCUUUUAAAAAGUCACCAAAUAAUGAGCGUAUUAAAUAUGUACAACUUCAAUAUGAUCAUACGGUUGAGGUUGAUAAAGUGAAUAAAGCAAUUGAGCAAGGUUUUGAAGAGUUCUCAAAAGAUGAUUUUGCAUCUGCCGCUGCAAGUUUCUCAAGAGCGUUAGAGUAUAAUUCAAACAGUGUUAUACUUUAUGAGCUUAGAGCACUCUCACAUUUGUCAGCUAGAAAUCAAAUUAUGGCAAGUGCUGACAUUGAUAAGAUAUUGGAGAUCGAUCAUAAUUGGUCAAAAACCGAUCCAAUUCAAAGUGGCCAUCUUUUAAAGGAUGGUCAAAUCAAUGUAAUGUCAAAGAAACGUUGGUUCACUAUUAAAUCCUAUUUCUUAUUUUGGUAUUUAGAACAGAGUGAUCUCUCACCUCAGGGUAUGGUUUGUUUAAUUGAUUUCGGGUGUGCUCCAAAACCUGGUCAAAAGGUGAAAUUUCAAUUACAAACCAAGGAUCGUACAUUCAAUUUCAAAGUGGUAGAUGAUCCAAAGGCUUACGAUAAAUGGAUCAUUAGUUUAGGUAAAAUGGCCAAGGUUAAUAAAAUCACACUUCCACUCAUUGAUUCGGUUAAAUCACAAAUCGUUUGGAAGAAUGUUUUCAAUAAGAAAGAGAAAACCACCUUUAUGUUACCAGAUGUUAUGUUAUUGCCUGAACAAAUCUUUGUUGAAUCUGGUCGUUUCGCAUUCGCAAUUGGUGAUAAAAUUAAAUCAAAACUCACUUCCAUUAGUUUACAAGAUGCUACAAUGACUGGUUUCCUCUAUAAAAUGGGUCAAUUAAAUAAAGAAUGGAAAAAGAGAUUCUUUUUCAUUCAAGGUACAAAUCUUUAUUACGCAACUUUAAAAGAGUCUGACUUUGAAAAGGGUACUAUCGAUUCAGUGACACCAACUGGUAGUAUGCCUCUUGAGAGAUGUCGUAUCGAUCAAUCUCCUCAUAGUACUAAUAAAACUAAUAGUUUCGAAGUUAUUAGUGCUUUUCGUAGAAAUAUCCUCCUGGCAACUGAUAAAGCUGAUGAUAAAGAUAAAUGGAUUAAAGCUAUCGCCAUUGCAUCUGGUAUGCAAAUAGUUGAAGAGAAAGAAUCAAAUGAAGAAAAGAAAAGUUUACCAAGUUCUGAAGCAUUACUUAAUUCAAGAAUAAGAGUAAAAUCAUUAAGAGCUCCACCAGUUGUCGUUGUACAACAACAAAAACAAAAGAAAUUAGAUGAUAAUGAUGAAUUUAAUAAUAAUAAUAAUAAUAAUGAUAAUGAUGAUAAUAAUAAUAAUGAUGAUGAUGAUGAUGAUGAUGGUGGUGAUAAUGAAAAUGGUGAUAAUUAUAAUUCAAAUGGUGAUAAUUCAAAUGGUGAUAAUAGUAAUAAUCAUAAUAAUAAUGAUGAAGGAGUAACAAAUAGGAGAUCUUCUGAUCAAUUAGAACAAAUGACAGCAACAAGAAGACCAAAAAAAGAAAGACAAAUUAAAAAGAUUUCAACUAAUGAUGUCUCAACAUCAGAGAAUCGUUACUUUUCUAAAUUUAAUUUACCUUCCUCAUCAAAUGCUCCAGCACCAACUAUAAUCACAUCAAAAGCAAAAUAUAGUUUAAAUUUAAGUAGUGAUACAAAUAAUAAUACUGCAUCAACAUCAAAUAAUGAUUCUAAUGAACCUGAAUCACUUGCUAAUAUUCUUGGUGAUGAUAUGCCACCACCAUCAAAGAAAUAUUCAAUUAAUGAUGAAAAUUCAACUAAUUAUCAAGAUGAUGAUAAAGAUUUAGAAAGUGCUGGUUUAAUCUCUGGUAAAAAGAAAAAAGUAAAUGAAGAUGGUGAAGAUGAAGAUAAAAAGAGAUGUUGUAAAUGUACUAUUCAAUAA